UAGAGAAUACAGCGAGCGAUAGCGAAGGAGACGAGAGAUGGAGGGAGGGAGGGAGAGAGCUCCGGCGAGGCCGAUCAUGGUGGUUGGGGUUUUCGAUUAAUCCUCACUGCCUCAAGCUCUCGCUCCUUCUCCUCUUCAUUCGAGUGCCAAACCCUUGUAGGUCGUCUCUCUCUUUGUUGUGGGUUCUUGUUUCUUGGAGCUGGAAUUUGGUUUCAGAGCUAAGGGUUCAGUGAUGGGGGAGACCGGGAAAGGCCCCAGUUCUUCGAAUUCGUUGCAGCGUGUUAAGCUUUAUCGGUUGAAUGGUGACGGGAAAUGGGAUGAUCAGGGAACCGGACAUGUUAGUAUCGAUUUUUUGGAGAGGUCAGAGAAUUUAGGUUUGAUUGUUGUUGAUGAAGAAGAUAAUGAUACCAUACUUAUGCAUCCGAUUUCUUCCAAUGAGAUGUACAGAAGGCAAGAAGAAACAAUCAUUUCAUGGCAAGAUUCGGAAACAGAGGUUGCUCUUAGCUUUCAAGAGGCAUCCUGUUGCUCGUAUAUAUGGGAUCAUAUAUGUGGUGUGCAGAGAAAUUUGCAUUUCAGUGCUCUUAGUAAUCUUGAUGUCGGUCCUCGCCCAACAAUUGGAACUCUUGAGGCUGCUGGUUGCUCACACUCAAAUGAUGAAUCAUUUAAUUCAGCUAACAAUGAGUUAAGAGAGCUGCCUUCUGUAGAAAUGUCCACUCUUCCUUUACUUUUGAAGACCGUGUUGGAAUGUGGCGUGACAGAUCAGAUACGGGUCUCAGAAUUAAUUCUUCAAGAUCCUGACUUUUUUCCAAAGCUGCUUGACCUAUUUAAUAUGAGUGAGGAUUUGGAGAAUGUGGAUGAUCUCCACAUGAUAUUCAGAUUAGUGAAGGGAAUUAUUCUUCUUAACAGCCUGCAGAUUUUCGAUAGAAUUUUCCGGGAUGAAUUCAUAUUGGAUAUUAUCGGUUGUCUGGAGUAUGACCCUGAGGUCCCUCAAGUACAAAGACAUCGUGCUUUUUUGAAGGAGCAUGUCAUUUUCAAGGAGGCCAUCCCUAUUAAAGAUCCGUUUGUAUUGUCAAAGAUCCAUCAAACUUACAGAAUUGGUUAUAUUAAGGAUGUUAUAUUGCCAAGAGUAUUGGAUGAGGGGACAAUUGCAACUCUCAAUGGCAUUAUUACUGCAAAUAAUGCAGCCGUUGUGUCGUUGUUGAAAGAUGAUAAUACUUUUAUUCAAGAACUGUUUGCAAGAAUGAGAUCAGAUUCCAUACCUCAUGAAUCAAAGAGGAACUUGGUUUUAUUCUUGCAUGAGUUUUGUUCAUUGAGUAGGAGUCUACCGCUUGUGCAACAACUGCAGCUAUUUCGUGAUCUUGCUAAUGAAGGUGUAUUUGACAUCAUUACUAACACAUUGCAGAGUAAUGAUAGAAAGCUUUUAUUGACUGGGACAGACAUCCUUAUCCUUUUCCUUAACCAAGACCCGGUUCUUCUUAGAUCAUAUAUUAUUCAACAAGAAGGGCACACUCUUCUUGGACUUUUGGUUAAAGGUAUGAUGAAUGAUUUUGGGGAGGAAAUGCAUUGCCAGUUCCUUGAAAUUGUACGAAUUUUGCUGGACACCUACUCCUUGACUGGAUCACAGAGGGAUAUUAUUAUAGUAGAGAUAUUCUAUGAAAAGCAUUUGGAUCAGCUGAUGGAUGUCAUAGCAUCUUCUUGUCCUCCAAAAGUCUCUUAUGGGAGAUUACAUCCUCAUGCAGCCACCAAACCUGAAAUUUUAUCAAAUAUCUGUGAACUGCUAUGCUUUUGUGUACUUCACCAUCCCUACAGAAUAAAGUCCAGCUUUCUUAGUAAUAAUGCUAUUGAGAAAGUGUUGUCUCUAACUCAUCGAAGAGAAAAAUCCCUUGUGAUUGCAGCUGUACGCUUCAUGCGAGCUAUUAUUUCCCGGAAUGAUGAGCAUCUUCAUUGCCAUAUUGUUAAAAACAACCUGCUGAAACCAAUCAUGGAUGUUUUUUUUGAGAAUGGGAAUCGAUAUAACAUGCUACACUCUGUAGUCCUUGAACUUUUUGAGCACAUCCAUAAGGAGAACUAUAAAACACUGAUUGUAUAUAUAUUUGAUUCUUUCUGGGAGCGGCUUAUGAAAUUUCAGCACUUAGGGUCUAUCAGAGCUUUUAGAACUAAAUAUGAGCAGUCACUUGAGAAUUUUGGUAUCAAGAACACUGCUAACGCAGCAGGCACUAAAAGAAGGAUAGAUGAGCAAGCUCUUGAGAAGGAAGAAACCUACUACUUCAAAGAGAACAGGCCUUUAUCUGGUGGACUUGUUGACUAUGAGGAUGAUGAUGAUGAAGAAGAUGAAGAUAACCACAAGCCUCCUAGAAGGUCUGAAGCAUCUACAGGAGACAAUGAAAACCGCAAGCCUGCAAAGUCAAAACGUAAAUCAGUUUCCAAGGUUGAGAUUAAAGACGAGCUAGAGUUGUCUAAGAAACAGAGGCUGGAUCAAUGGUCAGGUGAUGACAGUCAGGCAAAUGCCACUACUACCAGUUCACCUAGCAGUUGCACUGAUAAUACCAUCAACACGGUGCAAUCACCCAACAUAACCCCUCAAAUCCAAUCAGACAAAGGUAAUUCAGAUAAACACUCCAAUGAAAAUGAAAAAGAAAAUCCAGCUGCAUGUAGUCAACAUAAUUGUCUCCCUGAGACUGCUGAUAUUAAACAACCAAACAUAGAAGAUUGCCCAUUGACGCCGGUGAGCAGUUCCUCACCAGAAAUGGUUGUCAAUAGUGCAAAUUCAGAGCCCUAUUCUGUAAGAUAGGGGUCAUACACCCCACCCACACCCACACCAACACCCACACACACAUACACCCACACCCAGCCGUUUUCUUAUUGGUAUCAUUUACGCCAUUUUUAAUCAGAGGCAACCACACUGGUGUCAAAAUAUAUAGGACGCAAAGUCGACAUUGCUAGACCUCUGUACAGUAUAUGGCAGCUUGAUUCAAGGUACAAUUUACAAAGUGAUACUAGCUGACCAGGUUAUACUGUUUCUCAUCCUCAUGGGAUGGUUUCCAAAUUAGGUUUAAGGUGGUAAAUCAACAGACCUUUGAUGGGCCUGCAUAUCACUUGUGUGUACAAUAUUCAUCAGAUUUAACACUCAUUUAUCUUCUCGCAUGCUUGUCAAUUUUUACCCCUGUUUGCUAAAAUUUUUUUGGGGGGUGGCUAGGGCUUUUACAAUAUAGGUGAGUGCAGUGUGAAUGAAGGUUGGAGAAUUUUUCUAUCACAAAUAAUUCAGUGGACAAUGUAAUUCAUUGUAUUGUAUAGCUUUUACACAUUCACUUUUUAUU